GGCAUCAAAAUUCUUUAUUUUCACAAACAAGUAGCAGUUGAUGCGUUAUGCGGCUUGUUCGAAGCAUAAACUUGUCAUGUUUCCUUGCCUUGCUGUCUUCCUUUUGUUUAGAGUUCAGCCAUGCCACGGACACCAUCGCACCACCUAGCUUUAUCAAAGACUCUGAUCAAACCAUAAUCUCCAAUGGCGGUGAGUUCAAAUUGGGAUUUUUUAGCCCGGCGAAUUCUACCUAUCGCUAUGUUGGGAUAUGGUAUGCUAAAGUUUCUGAGUCUCCUGUGAGUCCUGUCAUAUGGGUUGCUAACAGAGACAAGCCCCUCAAGACCCCCUCCGGGAUUCUUACUAUAUCCGAAGACGGCAAUCUAGUCGUAUUGGAUGGAGAAAAGACGAUUUUGUGGUCAUCAAACGUAACAAGUUCUGUUUCCAAUAUGAGCGCACGACUUCUAGAUACAGGGAACCUUGUCUUACAAGAAAACACAACUGGGUUAAUCACAUGGGAGAGUUUCCAACAUCCUUCUAAUUCGUGGUUGCCAGAAAUGAAGCUGAGUACUAAUGCAACAACAGGCAAGAACGUUCAGCUCACAUCAUGGAAGAGUUCUUCAGAUCCAGCCUUUGGAACCUUUUCUGCUGGUACUUACUCUUUCAAUCUUCCUGAAGUAUUUAUUUGGAAUGGUAGUAGCCCUUAUUGGCGCAGUGGUCCGUGGAAUGGUAUGAUCUUUAUUGGAGUACCAACCAUGAAAGCUCGAUAUCUCAAUAGAUUUAGUCUUGUAGAUGACAAAGAGGGAUCAUUCUAUUUUGCUUUUGAGUUUUCAAACAAGUCAUUGCCAUUCCAUUAUGUCUUAAACGCAGAAGGAAACUUACUGGAAACUUAUUCCAUUAAUGGGAAGGAUUGGGUGGUCUCGUGGUCGUCUUUGACGUCUGAGUGUGAUGUUUACGGCAAGUGUGGGGCAUUUGGAAAUUGUAACCCAAAAAAAAAAGUAAUCUGCAGCUGCCUAGAGGGUUUUGAACCAAAGAAUAUAGAAGAAUGGAAUAGAGGAGAUUGGACAAGUGGAUGCGUAAGAAGGACACCCUUGCAGUGUUUGAAAGUGAGCACAGGUGGUAAAGAAGACAAAAAAGAUGGGUUUUUAAAGGUGACGAUGAUGAAAACGCCAAGUUUGGCAAAUUGGUCAUCUGUUUUUGAGGAUGAAUGCAGAUACCGGUGCUUGGAAGACUGUUCUUGUAUGGCUUAUGCAUACGAAUCUGGCAUUGGGUGUAUGUCAUGGACCAGAGAUUUAAUAGAUUCACAGAAGUUUUCCAGCGGCGGAGUUGAUCUUUAUGUUCGUGUGGCAUAUUCAGAGCUCGGUCAUAAAAACGAGCAAGGGAAAGUAAUCGUCAUAGUCACAGUGGUCAUAGGAAUAGUCUUCAUGGCCAUGUGCACUUUAUUCUUAUGCCGGUGGAUGGCAAAACGUAGAGGGGGAACGUGUCUAGGAUUUCAUUCUGAAGAGAAUCUUUUAGACAGCAAAAACCAAGAUAAACUCCAAGAACUACCGAUAUUUAGCCUUGAGGAGCUAACAAGUGCAACGAACAACUUCCACCUGUCUAACAAACUUGGACAAGGUGGGUUUGGCCCCGUAUACAAGGGAAAAUUGUUAGAUGGACAAGAAAUUGCCGUGAAAAGACUUGCAAGAACUUCAGGGCAAGGGCUAGAAGAAUUUAUGAAUGAAGUCAUAGUGAUUUCUAAACUCCAACACCGAAAUCUUGUUAGACUCCUUGGUGGGUGUGUUGAAGGAGAAGAAAAGUUGCUAGUCUAUGAAUACAUGCCAAACAAAAGUUUGGAUGCAUGUCUUUUUGAUUCAAUCAAACAAGAAUUGCUAGAUUGGAAAAAACGUUUCAACAUUAUUGAAGGAAUUGGUCGAGGUCUACUCUAUCUUCAUAGGGACUCGAGAUUAAGGAUUAUUCAUAGGGAUCUAAAGGCAAGUAACAUAUUGUUGGAUGAAGAGCUAAAUCCAAAAAUAUCAGACUUUGGAAUGGCUCGGAUUUUUGGAGGCAAUGAAGACCAGGCCAAUACGAAAAGGGUUGUCGGAACAUAUGGCUACAUGGCUCCUGAAUAUGCAAUGGCGGGGCGAUUUUCAGAAAAAUCAGAUGUCUUCAGCUUUGGAGUAUUGUUGCUAGAGAUAGUAAGCGGAAGGAAAAUCUCUCAUUUUUAUCACAAUGAGCAAGCCGCGAGCCUUUUAGGAUUUGCAUGGGAAAUGUGGAACAUGGACAACUUGUCAACCUUAGCUGAUCCCAAAAUAUCAAAAUCUGGCUUUGAAAAGGAAAUCUUUAGAUGCAUACAUGUUGGGUUAUUGUGUGUACAAGAUUUCGCUAAAGAUAGACCAACCAUAUCUAUUGUUAUUUCUAUGCUAAAGAGUGAGAUUGUUGAUCUACCUCAUCCAAGGCAGCCAGCAUUCACUGCAAAUCAGAUUACCUCAGAAAAUGAGUUCUCUUACCCGUGCUCAAUGAACGAUGUCACUGAAACAAUGGUUCAUGGUAGAUGAUGGCAUGCACUUGAAAAUGUAAAACAAUCAUUUUGUAUUGAACAAGUUGUAGAUUUUAAAUGCAUUUUCAAUAUAUUUGGCGAACAUGCUAGCUUCUUGUUAUUA